GGCAGUCGGUUUACGAACGAACGGACUGGAGUCGGAUUGGGAUAUUAAGAUCCCGCAUUACAAACCCUAUAGGCAGGCUUUGGAAAGGGUUCAAAGAUUGAGUUUGGGGCGUUAUCUCAGCUCAGAUCUAAAGGAUGGUACGGCUUCGUCCGGUGAGGUGCUAUGUACCGUAUGA